AUGUCGGAUCUCAACCACCGUGAUGAUAAUGAAGAUGAUGACGUUGGUCUUGUUGCUAGUGCUGGUGCAGAUGACAGAAAAUUGUUCGAUCACCAUGAGCUCGAAGAUAAGCUCUCGAAAAUACGCACGCAGAUCAAUUCAAAAUUAGAAAACCAAAAGCAUCUUGCUAUCAUUCUAUCAGCUGUUGAAGAAAACAUUGAAGAGCAAAACAACGAAAAGACGCCAGUCUCGUACGUUGUCUCAUUCUUGUCUUUACUCGACCAGUGCAUUAGAGAUGACCAGAUACUAGACAACAACUUGGCUGCAACCACAACGUAUUUCCUUGACUUGUUGUUCCCAUUCACUCCAAAGCCGUUAUUGAAGCAGAAGUUUCAGGAAAUUUUGCUAAAAUUGUCUCUGCCUCUCAAUGUGAAUGCAGACGGACCCUUGGUAAGGUCGACUAUUGGCGCCCUAGAGACCCUUUUGUUGGCCCAAGAUAGUUCACAAUGGUUGAACCGUGGAGCUGUGUCCCCAACGAGAGCAUUUGUGGCUCUCAUUGAGUUGUCUUUUGACACGAGGCCAAAAGUGAGACGGAGAGCACAGGAAGCGGUGAAACAGAUAUUGCAGAACCCACCACCAAGCCCUAGUCCGAUCCACGUAGUUUCCACCACGGCAUCGGACCUUUCACUCAGGCAUUUGCAGGAGCUCCUUGAAAAAUACAGACAGCACAAGAGAGGAAGCUCGAACAAGGAGCUCAACUCGCAGCUUAUACACGCGUUACAGCUCAUCACCGUUAUUACAUCGGCAAACUCGUGGCCCGUCAAAAACAUUGAGGCCUUGUGUGACGUGUUGUUGGAGAUUUCCAAAACCUCGGACCAGUUUUUGGUGGGAGCAGCUUUUGAAGCUUUUGAAGGACUCUUCAAGUCCAUGACAAAUGUGAUUGAUGUUGCCAAGUACACGAGGGUGUUGAAAAUCAUCUUUGACUUGAAGCCCAGUGUCAACGAUAGUCAUUUAAGUGUCACUUGGUUAGCAGUUGUCGCGAAAGCAUUGGAAGGGUUCAGCUCAUUGUCGCCCUUGGAGUGCAUAAAAUUAUUGCCGCAGCUGCUAAAGUCGAUCCUGAACUUUUUGGCCUCGGAUUCGCGAGAUAUCUACACCAGUGCUUCCAACUGCUUGUCUGCAUGCGUUUCUUUGACGAUUCCUGAAACUUUCUUGCUACAACCCAAUGCCGAGUACAGCAUCACCGAGGAAAUUGAGGAGGAAGUUGACAAUUUCAUCACAUUUGCGGCGCAGUUGAUUGAAGGCGACUUGUUUUCAGUUACAUACCAGAAUGCUACAGGGCUGAUACUAGAAUUUGUCAAAACGGCCCUCUUGAAAUUCAGAUAUCGAGCCAACCCCGAUUUUCUCAAUAUCGUCAAAAUAGUUGGCGAUUGGAGAACCAACGAAGCAGAGAGUUUUCCCUAUAACAAAGAAGCCGAGGAUUGCAUUGCAGCAGCAAUCUCGUCUAUUGGCCCAGAAGCAGUCUUGGGCGUGAUUCCUUUGAACUUGGGUGCUAACGUUGCUGGCCCCGGUAGAGCAUGGCUUCUUCCAAUCCUCAAGGACAAUGUCCGCUUUGCUGAACUCAAUUUUUACAAAAAGCAAAUUUUGCCGGUGGUUAAUUUUUUUGAAACCAAGAUCACAAGUUCCGCAAACAAGGAGUCGAUGAACAACAAGAUUUUCCAAACAAUCAUUGACCAAGUCUGGUCGUUGUUGCCUAGAUUCUCCGAUUUGCCCAAGGACUUGAGGCUGGCAUUUGACGAGGAAUUUGCAACCAAGUUGGCGGACUUGAUGUUUGCAAAAGUUGAAUUAAGGACGCCCAUCUGUCAUGCUUGGAGAAACUUGGUGGAGUCGAAUUUAUCCUACCGUGAUGGCGCACCGCUGGAUGACUCGACGCUGCUGCUGUUGUUGUUGUUGCAACAGGAGUUUCCCGUACAGGAGUCGGCCAAGAAUAUCGAGUACUUGGCUUCCAUUGCCAGCAAUAUCUUGACGGUUUUGUUCAACAUUUUCUCCUACACAUUGCCGGAAUCAAGAGGGUUUGUGUUGGAGACCAUUGAAGUGUUUUUGAAGAUUGUGCCUACAGCCGAGUUGGCCACGACUUUUGAUAAAGUCUGUGGAAUGUUGAAGAAUGCUAUGGACAACGACUCGACGACAAAGGUGAAAGGGGGCGACCCGACUCCAGAUGCAAGUGUCACCAUGAUGGAUCUCGUUGUUGUUAUGGCAAAAUAUUUGCCAGAGUCGUCGCAUAAUGCCUUGUUUUCGAUAUUUGCUUUAACGGUUGUGUUGGAAGACAAACCGCUCUUGCAAAAGAGAUCGUACAGAAUCUUGACCAAUCUCGGUGCAUCUGACAAAGGUCGGAAAUCAAUCGAAAAGUUCAUCGCCGAGAUUGAAGGUAAAGUGAUUGCCACGGCUGACGCGACAAAUCAAUCGGCAAGAUCGGCGCGGUUGAAUGCCAUCUUGGUGAUCUUGGAGAUUCUCCCUCAAAGCGAUUUGUAUUUCAUACCUGCAACAUUGCAAGAGGUUAUAAUGGCAACCAAGGAUGUCAACGAGAGGUCGAGAGGCUUGUCGUACCAAAUCUUGAUCAAAAUGGGCCAAAAGAUGAAAGAAGGCGGAGUUGUCGAGAAUUCCAAAGUUCCCGGUUUUGACGAAGAUGCUGCGCCAAGUGAAGCCUCGUUGACGGAAUUCUUCACCAUGGUCAGUGCUGGUUUAGCGGCACAGAAUCCACACAUGAUCUCGGCAACAAUCACCGCGAUUUCGUGUCUCGUGUUUGAAUUUAAAGACGAGUUGCCCACGGAGACGUUGAUGGAGAUUGCCUCGACUGUCGAGUUGUUUCUCACCCACAACUCUAGGGAGAUUGCAAAGUCUGCCAUUGGCUUUGUCAAAGUGGAGGUGUUGUCUUUGCCCGAAGAGCUCGUUAGAACCAACUUGACAGAGCUCCUUGCCAAGUUGAUGAGGUGGUCUCAUGAGCACAAGGGCCAUUUCAAAAGCAAAGUCAAGCACAUUGUGGAGCGGUUGAUUCGAAAGUUUGGCGUUGAGGAAGUUGAAAGUGCAAUUCCCGAGGAAGACCGCAAACUAGUUGCUAAUAUCAAGAAAACCAGAAACAGAGCUAAAAGAAAGCAAGAAACUAGUGGCAAUGUUGAUGCUGGCCACGAGGACAAAUCAAACAAGAAGAGCAAGAAAAAAUUUGUCUCGGCAUAUGAAGAAGUAUUGCACGAUUCCGACAUAUCCGAUGACGGCGAUGACGACAACAAGGUUGACAUUUACGACGAAGAUGGCGACAGAGCGAAAAGGGGCAAAAAGCCCACCCAGUUUAUUGUCGAGUCAGGCGACGAGCCUCUUAACUUGUUGGACCGUCAAGCUUUGGCACACAUUUCUUCAUCCAAACCAAAAAAGUCUUUCAAGUCCGAGUUGAAGUCAAAAGUUGACGAGUUCAAGACAAAGAAUGGCAAGUUGGUCUUUGCCGAAAGCGGAGAAAAGGAACAAGACCCAUUGGCAAAGAAGUCUUCCGGCAUCGACGCGUACUUGGACGCAGUAAAGCAAGCUCCCGUGCGUGGUCAAAAGAAUAAAUUGAAGUUCAAAAAGACCAAGAAUGGUGAUGACGGCGAAAGUUGGUCAGAUGACGACGAAGAACAAAAUGCUCCUCUGCCUUUCAAAAGCAAGUCCAAGGUUCUCGGCCGCUCAAAGAUUUCCAAGCCCACCAAACAAAAGUUCAAGGCCAAGAAGAAGCUCUAG